AUGUUCAUCCAGUGCUUCGGAGUGGGUCUAUCGUACUUGAUAUUGGUCGGGGAUUUGUUUCCGUCGUUAUUUGGGGGCAGUCGUACGUUAUGGACUUUGCUAUCGGGGGUGAUCAUCGUUCCCUUGACUCUGUUGAGACAUUUGGACAGUUUGCGGUACACUAGUAUUCUGGGGCUUGCAGCCUUGGGGUACAUCACGCUUUUGAUAGUGGCUACGUACUUCUGGGGCCGGUACCCAAGUCCCAAGGUUCAUUGGGUGUCAGUGUACGACUCCACGGGCGUGCUAACGACAUUCAGCAUCAUCAUAUUUGCAUUUACCGGUUCGAUGAACUUGUUUUCCAUCAUAAACGAGCUAAAGGAGAACUCGAUGACCAACAUCAAGUCGAUUAUCAACAGGUCGAUAGUGAUAUCUGGGUUUUUCUUCGUGGUUGUCGGGUUGUUCGGCUACCUCACCUUUGGUGAAACGACACUGGGGAACGUUUUGCUCAACUAUAACUCCGAUAAGUUUGCAGUCAAGUUCGCGAGGUUCAACCUCGGCCUGAUGGUCGUGCUGUCGUUCCCACUAAUGUUCCACCCUUGCCGCAUUGCAUGCAAUAACAUGAUCCACUGGUUGCAGAUCAACUACGGUCCUCGUAAAGACAUGCUUCAAGAGAACCAGAACUUGGGGCCCAUAACGCUGGAGAUCGAGGACGAGACCGACAGGGAAUUUUUACAGCAGGAAUUCGGGACCGGCGAUAUCACCGACACAGCCGCUGCUGGUACUGGCAGCGGUAGCACUGAGGACAAUUCAUUCGCUAAUACGUAUCAAUCGCUACCGAGAGCUACAGACGAGGAUGACGAAGACGCAACACACGAAAGUACCGAAGCAGUGCCGUUGUCCGACAAGAGAUUCUACACCAUCACUGCCGUCUUACUAACCGUUCUCUACGGCUUGGCGUUGAAUGUGCAGUCAUUUGCAUUGGUGCUCGCAGUGGUGGGUGCCACAGGGUCUACAGCAAUAUCUUUCACGUUGCCGGGCCUCUUUGGAUGGAAACUCAUUGGCACAGAGUCUUUGAUGAACGGGGAACGCAUCAGCACUUGGGAGAAUAUCCAUCGGUACGGAAGUCUCGCGCUUACGUGGUAUGGGAUCAUCGUCAUGGUCUCCUGUCUCUACAUAACGCUCUUCUUAUAA